AUGUACGUGGCUGAUGAUGUGAUACUUACCAGGCAGGAUCUUGAAACUCAAGUCCAAUCAUGGACAAUAGAAAUUAAUGAAGCUUCUCUUAUCAAGAUGGACACAUUCCGAUGGUUAAGUUAUCGACUACAGAGUUAUGGCUCUGUGUAUGGGGAUGUGCGAUCAAGAAUCAAAAUGACCUGGAUGCGAUUUAGAGCUGUCAUUCCUAUUAUUUGUGAAAAGACGAUGCCUAUUCGCCUAAAAUCAAAGACAUACCGCAAACUGAAAAGGUCAGUUGCAUUAUAUGGUCAGAAACAAUGUGGAAGACCUAAAUUACGGUGGUUAGACAUUAUAAACGCAGAUCUAAGAUCAAGAAACCUAAAUCGACAGGAGACGCAAAAUCUUAAGAAAUGGCAUGCAUUGAGCCACAAAGCAGAACCCACUCCAAUGGGAAGGCAUUAA